UCACUUGUCGCACAAUCCAUCAUCAAAAUAAUAUUUAUAUAAUAAUCAGAUAUGCCCGAGAUGCCUCUCCCAGACCUGGAGCCAGACUCGAUAGUGGUUGAGAAGACGGCAGAUGGCGUCACUACCAUCGGAAUCAAUAGACCUGGCAGGAAGAACGCCAUCAAUCCGCCAACCGCCACCAAAUUACGAGCAGCGUUUCUAGACUUUGAAAAGGACUCCAGCCAGAAAAUAUGCGUCUUCCACGGUAUUGGCGGCACAUUUUGCUCUGGCUUUGAUCUCAGCGAGCUCAGAAAAUGGGACAAACCCACGGAGAGCAAGGAGGAAACGGCCUCCAAACCUGACGCCGGUGGCAGUCACAAUAGUAGUGGCAAUAGCGGCAGCAACAGCGUCACGCGCACACACUUUAAGCCUGUGAAGGGCAGAAACGAAGCACCGCUAGGGCCGGGACGGAUGCAGAUCGAGAAGCCCGUCAUUUGCGCUAUCUCAGGCCAUGCUGUUGCUGGAGGCAUGGAACUAAGUUUGCUAGCUGAUAUCCGGGUGGUCGAAGAGGACGCUAUCUUUGGAAUAUUCAGUCGACGAUUUGGCGUACCCUUGCUGGAUGGUGGCACGGUCCGACUUCAGGAAAUUAUUGGCCUCGGCAGAGCACUGGAUAUCCUUCUCACUGGCCGGCCGGUGGGCGCGACUGAGGCCUUGCACAUAGGACUGGCCGCCAAAGUGGUACCGAAGGGAAACGCCUUUCAUGAAGCCAUGAAGAUGGCUCGUGCUCUGGCAGCAGUGCCCCAGGAGUGUUUAAAUGCGGACCGGAAGGCAUGUUAUCACGCAGCCUAUAACUCUCCUUCGUUUGAAGACGCGAUGUCGUAUGAGUUCGAGGAGGCCGUCAAGGUCAGCGACCUGGCUAUCAACAAGGCCAUGAAUUUUAAUAAACGAGAGAAAGCAAGACUGUGAGGAUUGACGUUUAUCAUUCUUUUCUUUCACUCCUGAUGACUGAUGACGGUUUAUGAUUGCCGGUGGUUUUGAUAUUCAGCGGGCGUGACACGCGACCCUUGUGAAAGCGACCACUGGCGGCCGGGGCGGCAGACCUUGUACAAAGCACCCUUUUUUAAAUUCACGUUGUAUCAUGUUGUAGUUAGUAUUGCUUCCCUGGCAGCUUAUAUUUAAUGGAAUAGGUAGUACCUGGCAUCUCAAUACCAAUCCCCUGGGCUGUUGUCCUCAGGUCAAGUUAAACAUCUCUAACUUUUCCCGACGGUCGGUAACUAUAGAGCAUGGAUCUAGAUGCUAUAAUAGUAAACUAUGAGGCUCCCGCAGGCCACCUGACGUAGGCCAAGCGCGCGUUUCUGGCGGCAGACAGCAGUGAAACAAGUACAGGGAC